CUGUAUAUAAUAAUGGAGUUUAUAAUGGCAGCUACAAGCGCAGCAACUGCUGGUGCCAUAACAAACCCACUGGAAGUAAUUAAAACAAGAAUGCAACUGCAGGGUGAGCUUAUGGCAAAAGGGGAAGCUGUGAUACAUUUUAAAAAUUUUGUUCAUGCCGGUUAUGUUAUUUCGAAAACAGAAGGAUUUCGAGCCCUUCAAAAAGGCGUAAUUCCCACAAUGUGGAUGCAGUUUUUAAUGAACGGAUCUAGAUUUGGUUUUUACGAAUUUUUUCUCGCUAGAGGUUUUAUAACUGAUAAGGACGGUAAAACAAUUUUUUGGAAGUCUGUUGUAUUUAGUGGCUUUGGUGGAAUAAUGGGUCAGUGUUUAGCCAGUCCAUUUUAUAUGGUCAAAACACAUUUGCAGUCACAGGCAGCAAAAGCCAUCGCAGUGGGUCAUCAACACGAACAUAGGGGCACUUUAGACGCAUUCAAAACUAUUUUUCAUGAACAUGGGGUGAGGGGUUUAUUUCGGGGAGCUGCUGCAUCGGUACCUAGAGCACUCGCGGGUUCUAUCUCACAGCUGACCAGCUUCUAUUAUACGAAGCAAUGGCUUAAUAAUUACGAAUAUUUCAGGGAAUCGCCAAUUGCGAAAACUUUUGUCGCGGGAAUGGUCGGAGGGAUAGCAAUCAGUGUGACCAUGCAACCGUUUGACCUCAUACUCACACGCCUCUAUAACCAAGGAGUGGAUGCUCACGGCAGGGGUCUCCUUUACAAUGGAUUUUUUGAUUGCUUAAUAAAAAUAUACAGGGUGGAAGGCCCUUUGGCAUUCUAUAAAGGACUAGGACCUCUUUAUUUUCGUUUAGGACCUCAUUCUGUUAUAUUUUUUCUUAUAUAUGAAGGUUACAAAAGCACGUAUAAUAAACUAAAAGAACAAAUAUAUAUUUAGAGCAAUGUUUAAAAUAAAGAAAUAUUUUUUUACCA